AUGACAGAGGGAUGGCGAGAAAAGGAAAACUGCUUGGCUCCUCUGAAAUUACCCUGGACACAGGAUGGCAAGGAGAACCAACCAAGGACACCCAAAAAGAAGUCCAAGAUCACUACACUUGAGUCUCCCCCAAAAAGGACCUCCCCAUUGAAAGCACCGGUGACUGGGUCUUUCUACAGCAAGCAGAAACCACUUUACCUCACACCACUGGAGCGCAAGCUUCUGAGAGAGACCAAAUCAUCACUACCAGGUCAGAACCAGGAUCAGUCCAACUCCUCACAGUCUGUGACAAAGCCAGCAAAGAACAAAGUGAGAAGGCACAGAAAGGCAGCUGGUGUCAGUGGGCAGAAAUCUAACUUAAAGAGUUACUUCAUCUCAAAGCCAAACGGCAGUAAUUCUUCCAAGACAAAGCCAGGCAACUCCCUGAUGAAGAACAGUGAGCCAAAGAAAUAUCCGUCUUUGACAUUCAGUAGCUUAAAAUCCAAGAGUAAGCCCAGGAUUGUUGUGGGAGCUGCUUUCUUCAGCACUGGUAAAAAGCCCACCACUAUGUACAAGAAAACAGCACAGAAAUCUGCAAAGACAAAACAAGGUCCAAGCUACGAAAAACCUAAAUAUCAGAAAUCAUUGAAAGAGAAAGAGGCUGAAGCAGAGCACAGAGAGAAGAAAACAGAGGAAGGUCUGCAGCUGCCCACCAAAGCUGCGGACCAGGAGCAGGCUGACCAAAGAGACAAGCCACUGUUCGGAACUCCUGAACCAUUCUCACCGCGGAUUUUAUCUGAUGUGUAUGGCAUCAAUAAGGAACUGAGAGUGGUUCUUGACCAGUCUCCAUGCCCUGUAAGAGCCUGUCGCUUUGACAGUGAACUGGUGUCUGAGACUGUGCUGGGCCUGAGUGACAUUCAGCCCCCAGACGAGGACUGCAGUCAGAAUGAAGAAUUGUCAGCAGUGUAUCCCAUCUUUGGCUCCAGAAGGUCUCAGAAAAAAGCGUCUCUCUCAUCUCCUGUGAGCUGCAGCACCCCCUCGGCUCUCUCCUGCAUCCCGUCCUCCUCAGCCAAGGAGAGGAGUGCCCGCACGAGAAGGGAGCUGAAGAAACAGUCGGACGAUCAGCUUGUCAUUGACGCCGGGCAGAGGCAGUUUGGAGCCACCACGUGCAGCUCGUGUGGCAUGCUGUACAGCCCAGACAGUGUGGAGGAUAACUUCCAACACACACAGUUCCACCAGCGCUUCCUCGAAACCAUUAAGUUUGUGGGCUGGAAGAAGGAGCGAGUGGUGGCAGAAUUUUGGGAUGGAAAAAUCAUUCUUGUCCUCCCUGAUGAUCCUAAAUAUGCAACCAGAAAGGCCGAAGACGUGAGACAUAUUGCUGACAGUGAGCUGGGCUUCCAGCAGGUGGCACUGUGCAGCCCUAACUCAGUUAAAACGUACCUGUUUGUGAACAGUGACAGGAUGGUGGUGGGGUGCUUGGUGGCUGAGCCCAUUAAACAGGCCUUCAGGGUGCUCGAUCAGCCUGAGAAAUCCAAGGACAUGAGGAAGGAAGAUUUCAUGGACCGGCACAGGCCGUGGUGCUGCUCCACCCUGCCUGAGAGGGCCCUGUGUGGGGUCAGUCGCAUCUGGGUCUUCAGUCUGAUGAGAAGGAGGGGCAUCGCAACACGUCUCCUAGACACUCUCAGGAACUCGUACAUGUACGGAAGCCAUCUGACCAAAGAGGAAAUCGCCUUCUCAGACCCCACACCUGACGGCCAGCUCUUCGCCACCAAGUACUGUGGCACACCCACCUUCCUGGUCUACAACUUUGUUGCUUAA